AUGCCUUUGGCAUUAAAACCAGCAGUACCAUCGCGGAGGCUUCUCAGGUUCUUGCGUGCCCAAUCCGAAGGCCUUGCCUUUGCCGAGUGUGUUUCGCGCCUGUCGACCCGCCGCCAUGCCUGCGUCUGCGCGAGGACCGGGUUAUCUGAAGGGUUUAUGAACCCCCCAGUAGUCCGUCGCAAACCUACACUACAUGCCUCUUUCCUCGGCCUCGAUGCGAUUCUCCCAAAGGCGCUCACGAAGCAGCGCGCCGCCGCAACGAGCGCCACCAAGAACCAGGAGCCUGCGCCUGCCGGGGGUGCCCAUCGGUAUGCUUCCUCGCGACAGACGCCCAAUGAGGAUGGCAACAAGCCGGCAUGGCACGAAUGGCUUUUUGGGCCCGACUCGAAGAAGGGCGGCGAGCCAUUGAAGGAGGGCGACAUCCGAGUGCGGUUGGAGGAGGAAUCCGGGUCAAUCUUCCAGCGAAGGUCAAUGACCGCAAAGGCUGCGCUGGACCCGAGGUUGCGAUGCACCGAGGUGGACGGGAGUGGGAAGGUCAUAAUGGUAGACGGUGAGCUUAAGAAGAGCGAGCUGAUCGCUAGGUAUGGCCUCCUUCCGCGCGAUCUCCGCAAGAUCGACUCGUCCAACCUCCCACAUAUUCUGGUCCGUCCGUCGGCCAUCCUCCUCAACCUUCUCCACCUGAAGGUCCUCAUCAAGCACGACCGAGUCCUUCUGUUCGACGUCUAUGGUUCCACCUCCUCAUACCCCCAGUCAGCGUUCAUGUACGACCUACAAGGGAAGCUCCAGCAGAAGCAGGUAUCAGGGGCAAACAGCUUGCCCUAUGAAUUCCGAGCCCUCGAAGCGGUUCUGAUGUCGGUCACGGCUGAGCUAGAGGCCGACUUCGAGUCGGUGCGAGACCCAGUCAUUCGUAUCCUCAGCGACCUAGAAGACGAUAUCGAUCGCGAGAAGCUGAGGAUACUCCUCGUUCUGUCGAAAAGGGUCAGCACCUUUGAGCAGAAAGCCAGGCUCGUCCGCGACGCCAUCGAAGAGUUGCUGGAGGCCGACGACGAUCUUGCCGACAUGUACUUGACUGAGAAGAUGCACGACUUGGUCAGGGGCGAGGAUGAUCACACCGAGGUCGAACUCCUCUUGGAAUCAUAUAACAAAGUCUGUGAUGAAGUGGUACAGGAGGCGAGCAACCUCGUGUCGAGCAUCAGGAACACGGAAGAAAUCAUCCGUGCGAUUCUCGAUGCCAACCGUAACUCGCUCAUGCUGCUCGACCUCAAGUUUAGCGUCGGCACACUCGGCCUGGCCAUGGGCACCUUUCUAGCCGGCCUGUACGGCAUGAACCUCGAAAACUUCAUCGAGGAAACAAACUGGGGGUUUGGCGCCGUCACUGGCAUCUCGUCCAUUAUCUCACUCAUCGUCUGCUGGUACGGGCUGAUGAAGCUCCGCAAGGUUGGGCGGGUCAAGAUGAACGGGGGCGGGCUGGGUGGUCUCCGCAGCCAGAACCAGUGGUUUUGCGAAGAUGGUACGGAUGGCUUGCUGGAUCCCAGCAACCGCGAGAGGCUGAGGCGCAUCAACAUGAUCAAGAACGCCAAGCAGGCGAGAACAAAGAAGUGGCCCUUCAGGUAG